GAGGAGCUGACGAUAUGCAAAUACUACGAGAAAAGGUUACUGGAUUUCUGUGCUGUGUUUAAGCCUGCAAUGCCUAGAUCUGUAGUGCAAGAAAUAGAAAUGAACCUGAAAAUGAAUAGAUUGAUGAUAUAAUAAAACACUCUCAUUGCUGAAUCCUGCAUUUUGGCUGCUUGGUCCACUUGCUUCUUUUGCAACAGCAUGAGUGUGUGUCUGACCUCAGAGUACACUGGUUAAAGCACCUAUACUGGCAGGAACAGCUUGUAUGUAUUUCAAACGCUUUUACCUCAAUAACUCAGUGAUGGAAUAUCAUCCUCGGAUAAUAAUGCUAACGUGUGCAUUUUUGGCCUGUAAAGUAGAUGAAUUUAAUGUGUCCAGUGCACAGUUUGUUGGUAACCUUCGAGAAAGCCCUCUUGGGCAGGAAAAAGCUCUUGAACAGAUCCUGGAAUAUGAACUACUACUUAUUCAGCAGCUGAACUUCCAUCUUAUUGUGCACAAUCCAUACAGACCGUUUGAGGGAUUUCUAAUCGAUUUGAAGACUCGCUAUCCAAUGUUGGAGAAUCCUGAAGUUUUGAGGAAAACAGCCGAUGACUUUCUCAAUCGAGUAGCUCUGACAGAUGCGUAUUUGCUCUUUACUCCCUCACAAAUAGCUCUCGCUGCUAUAUUAUCUAGUGCUUCAAGAGCGGGAAUUAAUAUGGAAAGUUAUUUAUCUGAAAGUCUUAUGCUCAAAGAAAACAGACCAUCUUUAGCGAAGCUACUAGAUGGCAUGAAAUGCAUGAAAAAUCUCAUAAAGAAAUAUGAACUACCAAGGCCUGAAGAGGUUGCUGCUCUAAAACAGAAAUUAGAGAAAUGUCACAGCUCGGAGCUUUCACUUAAUGUAAACCCGAAGAAGAGGAAAGGUUAUGAAGAUGAUGAGUGUAUAACAAAGAAAUCGAAAAUGGAUGAGGAAGAAUGGACUGAUGAUGAUCUGGUAGAUUCACUCUAAACCCUGAAGGAAGAUGGAAUUCUACCACUGCAGUGCAGUUCAAGGUGCCAGGACUUGUGUGAGCUACCUGCUGUUUAAUGUCAAGUGUUAGCUGAACUUUCAAAGUCUACCACAGGUUCCUUACCUCACAAUACCACGUAUUUGUUCUAUCAGUUUUAAUGUCUUUACAAUAAAGCAUAGUGUUGUUGUUAUUUAUUUUUAGUGCAACUGCAGCUAGUUACUUUAGCAAACACUCAUCCAUUCAAAGUCAAACACUAAAUGUGAAAUGUUUACUUAAAGGCAUUUGUUACUCAGGAAGGAGUUUGGCUUUGGAACAGUUUGAGAUUUGACUUUAGUUACUGCUGUGCUGAACUUCCAUACUUAUAUCAAACUUUGCAUUUAGCAAAGAGGAUAAAUAGAAGUGGGAGACAAAUGUGGUAUAGUUACUUAAAUGCUUUAGACCAGAGGUGCUGCCUUCUUCCCAAGCUUGUCCUUGAAAUAAAUAAAUGUUACAGGCAAGGUUGUAUUUUUCAGCAUUCUUGAAGCUACACUUAAAUAUACUGCUAAAAAAGACUGCAGCAGAUAGAAGCUAUGUUUAUUACUUUAUGUUGUAAAUGCUGUGACUUAACUUGUUACUGUAGCUGCUAGUCCUGCAACUAUGAUCUCAAAUUGCUGUGACCAACAUAGCAGGGGCAACUGAGAGUUUAAAAAACACACAUACUUUGACUUAUAUUUGGAGAGUAUAUAACUAAAGUAUUUCAUUUUCACAUGUUUUUGAAAAUAAGCAGUGGUGUUAGUUCCUCUAGAAUAUGCACACCUUAAAGUAGCUUUGAAACCUAUCUAGAUUCAUUUUUAUCACUGGCUAUUUAUCUAUUACAUUAAAAAAAAGUAGUCAACUUCACUUUCCAAAUUUCCAAAUUUUUCCAGAUUGACAGCCUUUUUAUCAAGGUAGUAGGCUGAGUAGCCAGGGAAGACAAGUAGGUAUCAUAUCUUUACUUCACUUUAUACAACACCUUCAAAAGCAAAAAACUUGACCUAACUGAAACUGUUAGAAAUUGCAUGUUUGGUUCUAGACUGGCUGGAAGACCAUUCAGCAAUAGUUAAUACAGAAGACACUACAAGUGGGGGUUGUGACUUGCAUAUUUCUAUUAGUGAGGUACUUUUAAUUAGGGAACACAAUUAUGGGGAGAGAACCUGUAAGAAUUGUUGAAAACAAGAUUGUUGUUAAUUAUCUCUUCCUCUAAGUUGCAAUUUAACACAAGUUUGACAGGAACCAGUCAAGCACUAGUUUUACAGGAGAGGAUCUGCAGAGGAACUUGAUGAUAUCAUGGCCAUGCAAAUAGAUACAUGUCUUACUUGGCUACAUUAAGAGUGUUACCUUUACCUAUUAAGUAUACUUAAUAGCAUACCACUCUUGACACAUGGGAGCACUUGGUUACAGCAAAAGAUCCACUAUUGGACACCCAUCUUCAAUAAUGCUAUGGCCCAACUGAAGAGUCCAAGGCAGCACAGCAGGAGCAGUUGCAAGCCCAGAAACCAUGAGAGAAGCACUAACACUAAAGCAAAGACCUAAAGGUAAAAAUGAUAAAGUUAGUUAGUAUGAAAGUGACUGCACAAGAGGUAAUUCUUGUCCUUUUCCUCAUAGACAGGAGAUACUAAGUUUUGGAAUAUUUUUACAGUAGGGGAAAACAGUAGUAAUAUGGAUUGGCUAGAAGAAUUUUAGAAGUUCUAUCUGUGCAAGCCUAGAAAUAGUACAAGUUACAUAAUAAUUGAUUUGUACAUGUCUAGAGACUAGACUGAAUGAAGGCAUUGAGAUUUUGAAGACAGAAAGCAGCACUAUUUUGAAAACUUGAAACCUAUACAUUUACCAUAGUAUGAUUUAUUUUAAUCUUCCACCAAGUUUAGCUUUAAGGUCAGCAGCACCUCUUUGGGUUUCUGGUAUUAUUUAUCUUUAAACGUGUUGUGCUGUAGCUCAAUCCUGCAAAUAACAAUUCUGUCCAACCUCUAGUGGAAUACAUAAGCCUUAGAUUAGUAACACAAUAGUCAAAACAAUUGCAUCUCCACCUUCCCUUCCACAUUCUUCCCAGUCAAAUGGUACAGUUGUUUGAAUGGUAAAACAGCUGUGUUCAAAUUAAUGAUGCAAUUUCUCAUUAGUCUUGUCAGUUAAUCUUUGCAUCCUUUUAUCCCAUGUCAGUCCCAAGGAAAAAAGUCAUGAAGGGGAAUACUGAAAAACUCCCUACAUGUAUUUUCUGUAGUUUUAACAGAUUUGCUCUCUUGUCCCAUGUGAGAUAGCAAAUAUUUUUUUGUUUCCUCUCAUUAUUAUUUAGUCAGACUCAUAGCUUUUGUCUGUGAUAUGGUGUAACAGAUAAGCUGGUGCUUGGAAGAGUCCUACUAAAAGCCAUACAUGUGACACUGUAUGAACAUUUUAAAAUAAUCAUGUGUGUAGACA